AAAGCUCCACUGUCUAUAAACCAACAGUAAAUUCCAAUAGUACCCUUCAUCACGUCUCUUGCCUACGCGACACGUGUACUCCAGUGACCGAUAUUGACCCUAGAUUCUCUCCGUCCAUGUCCGAAAGUUUCACUUAUUUAUUUUUCACCCUUUAACUAUCUAAAUUUCGUAUCCGCACCCCCACCUUUUGUGUUUUUUUAUUCGAUUUAUUAUUAUUUGCAGAAGAACGGGAAAAAAAGCAGAUGGUGAAAUAGAAAUGGAAGCUGACAACAGCUAACAAUUGAUUCGUGAACUCAAAGAAAUCUUCUCAAUUAAACGCGGCUUUCUCCCACCCAACACCCAUCAGCCAACUCAAACCCUCCUCCAUUAUUUCUUUGAAGCUACUGUUUCUCUCUCAAUUUGCAGAUUUGGGUGCAAACAGCAGUUGCUGGGUUGUCGCCGGAGUUGUGUGUGUGAGUGUGUGUGAGAGAGAGAAGUUGGGAGAAAAAAAGGGUCUGAAAAUGAAGCAGCUGACGGCGCUGCAGCAGCAAGUCCGCCGGAGCAACAGCUUCCGGAGCGCGUCGUCGCCUCUAGACGCCACUGUCGACGGUGCAAUCAAAUCUCCGGCGACGAUAUUCUGGAUGAUCGUCCACGGUCUGUGCUGCCUGAUUAGCUUGGUUCUCGGAUUUCGAUUCUCUCGGAUCGUCUUCUUCCUCCUGUUCUCCACUUCCUCUUCCCCCUCCGCCAACACUAGCAUAUACUCCGCUUUCCAUACGACUGUGCAUUCCUCCUCCACACCGGAGAGGAAUUUCUCUGAAAUUAGCGGCAGUGGCGGCGGCGGGAGCAGGGUGGUGGUCGGGAGGCACGGGAUACUGAUCCGGCCAUGGCCGCAUCCUGAUCCGGCCGAGGUGAUGAAGGCUCACCGGAUAAUCGAGCGGGUUCAGAUGGAGCAGAGGUCUCAGUACGGGGUUAAGAAUCCCAGAACUGUGAUUGCUGUUACACCGACUUACGUUCGAACUUUCCAGACUCUGCAUCUCACUGGCGUGAUGCAUUCUUUGAUGAAUGUGCCCUAUGAUCUCAUCUGGAUCGUGGUGGAAGCUGGCGGCCCCACCAAUGAGACUGCCUCGCUUAUUGCAAAGUCGGGAUUGAAAACUAUUCACAUCGGAUUCGAUGGGAAAAUGCCUGUACUGUGGGAUGAUCGGCAUAAACUUGAAUCGAGGAUGAGGCUCCACGCUUUAAGGGUAGUUAGAGAUAAAAGAUUAGACGGGAUUGUGAUGUUUGCCGAUGACAAUAACAUGCAUCGUCUCGAGUUGUUUGAUGAGAUUCAGAAUGUGAAAUGGGUGGGUGCGGUUUCGGUUGGAAUUCUUGCGCAAGUGGGUAGUUCGGAAGAAGUAGAAUUGCCCGUAGAUCGAAUAGAUGAAAAUGGAAAAGAUGAAAAGAAAAAAUCAUUGUUACCAAUUCAAGGCCCGGCUUGCAACUCUUCAAACCAAUUGAUUGGCUGGCACACUUUUGAUACGCUGCCUUUUGUGGAGAGGAGGGCAAGGUAUAUUGGUGACAAUGCAGUUGUGUUGCCGAGGAAGCUUGAGUGGGCUGGAUUUGUAUUUAACUCGAGGUUGGUGUGGGAAGAUACAGAGGAAAGGCCAGUUUGGCUUAAGGAUUGGGAAGAGGUUGUUAGGGAUGGGGAGGAUUUGGAAAGCCCGUUAUCUCUGUUGAAGGAUACUUCAGUGGUGGAGCCUCUUGGCAGCUGUGGCCGCAAAGUUCUGCUAUGGUGGUUGCGUGUGGAGGCAAGGGCAGAUAGCAAAUUUCCGCCAAGCUUCCUUGCUAUCCCAAACAGAUGGAUAAUCGACCCUCCACUUGAAAUCACUGUGCCAGCAAAACACACCCCAUGGCCAGAUACUCCACCCGAACUUCCAUCCACUGUCGAUAAAGUGGCUGUUAUGCCUGAGGUUACUGAGAAACGCCCAGCAAAAAGUGGCUCGAGAAGAAAACGCAGCUCAAGAAGCAAAAAGAAGCACAGUUCAAAAGUGCUGGACGAGCAUGUUACUGCUAGGCGUGUUGGGGAUAAUUAGAAGUUUUUAUUUUCUCCUUUUCCAUCAGGCGAUAAUCUUAAACUCUACACCACUAUGUGAAUUCUUGGUGUCUUCCAAUAUUCAAAGCAAAGAGCCAUGAAGUCAAAAAGACCCCUGGGUGAAUGCAGGGAAAAGGCUUGUGUUUACGCAUACAAUAGCCAAUUGAUACAUACUUGAGAUAUCUGUUUUUCUUUUCCUCGGAUCGAAUUCCUAUCUUGUUAGCGUGAAGUAUUGUUUUUCGGCCUUAGUUCAUUUUUUGUUUGGUGGUUUGGUAGAGUUUGUUAGGGCUCUUAAUCGUUGCUACAUUUUCUUCCAGGUGUUAUAAGUAGUUUUCCUGAUAAAUUCAUUUCCCUUUUCUGCUAUCCGUAAUGCGAGCUUUAUGCGUGCGUACAAGGCAAGCAUUUUCUGAGAUAAUUUCUCCAGUAGUCAGUAAACUGUAAUAAUAUUUUUACUUUUAAUUUUCUCUUGUAUAAACUAGAAUUUUGUGUCGUGUUAGUGUGUGCUUUAAAGAAAAAGAAAGGCCAAUUAGUAGGAAAAUACAAAACAUUUACUCGAUUGGCCAUGUAAUCACAAUCUUUACACCUUGGCAAUUUAAUACAUUACCUUAGAUUUUUUGGCAAUCCGAUACACGGAUUUAACGU